AAUAAUAGUAAUGAUGAUUAGGAAUAAAAAAAAAAAAAGAAAAAAAGAAAAGUAUUGAGAAGCGAUUGGGAUAGGUGAUAGACGAAAGAAGUGAAAGUGAUUUAUUAUCUUCAUAUCUACAAACUUCUGACCUCCCUCUACUUUUCUUUGGAUUGAGUUUCUUCUCCAGCCAUCCGGCUUCUGCUUCUGCUUCUGCUUCAACUUCAAUCUCCGAAUCUCCAUCGCAGGCGUGUUUGAAGUUUCCUCUUCAAAGUUACUCCCAUGGCUUCCACGACCAAGGAUGUUGCUGCCGAUGGGAAGACAGCUUCGUCAGAGACCCAAAGCGCGAAAAGUGAAACAUCCAAGAAUGAAACAUCUAAAAGUGAAACAUCCUCUGCAGAGCAGCAGCCAGAUAAACCAAAACCUACCUCUGCUGCACCUCAUGAGGGAGAAUUUCCCCCAAAUCCUUUUGAUUUCUCAGCAAUGACCGGUUUGCUUAAUGAUCCCAGCAUUCAAGAAUUAGCUUCUCAAAUAGCAAAAGAUCCUGCAUUUAAUCAGAUGGCAUCGCAACUUCAGAAGACUUUUCAAGGUGCUUCUGCACAGCAGGGUAUUCCUCAGUUUGAUACACAACAAUAUUACUCUACCAUGCAGCAGGUCAUGCAGAAUCCCCAAUUCAUGACAAUGGCCGAGCGCCUUGGCAAUGCUUUAAUGCAGGAUCCAUCCAUGUCUAGCAUGUUGGAAACUUUUGCAAAUCCAUCAAAUAAAGAGCAGCUUGAGGAACGUAUGGCACAAAUCAAGGAAGAUCCUAGUUUGAAGCCAAUUUUAGAUGAAAUAGAGACUGGUGGUCCAGCUGCCAUGAUGAGGUAUUGGAAUGACAGAGAUGUCUUGAAAAAAUUAGGGGAAGCAAUGGGUUUUGCAGUUUAUGGAGACGCUGCCAAUGCCGAAAGUUCUGCUGCAGAUGAUUCAGAAGAAGUGGGGAACGAUGAUGAAUCUGUAGUUCAUCAAACUGCCAGUGUUGGUGAUGCUGAGGGCUUAAAAAAUGCACUAGCAGCUGGUGCGAACAAGGAUGAAGAAGAUUCGGAGGGAAGGACUGCAUUGCAUUUUGCAUGCGGGUAUGGUGAGGCUAAGUGCGCUCAGAUCCUUCUUGAAGCUGGAGUGAAGGUGGAUGCACUGGAUAAGAAUAAGAAUACUGCACUUCAUUAUGCAGCUGGUUAUGGCAGAAAGGAGUGUGUUGCACUAUUGCUUGAGAAUGGCGCCGCAGUCACUCUCCAAAACUUGGAUGGAAAGACUCCCAUCGAUGUUGCCAAGCUAAACAACCAACAUGAGGUGCUAAAAUUGCUCGAGAAGGAUGUUUUUCUGUAAAUGUUGAUGACACUGGAAAUAUUUUGUGUCACAAUUCGCUCACACCACAGGCGUUCCAGUGUUGUGAUUAUCUACGUUCGAAAAAGUUAAUCAACUUAAAUUAAGUAAUGCGAUUUUCAUUAGAAUGCUAUAUAGUGAGACAAAAUCCUUUCUUAUUAUGAGGUGUGCUGUGUGAGCCUUUUGUUAUUUGCAUUGUGCCUGAGAUACUGUACUGUGUUGCUACUUGGCAAAAGAGUGUCCUGUGCUCAAUUCUUUCUCUUGUUUUAAAUAAUAUUCAAAUUCAAAUUUGCCAAA